AAUCUAUGUUAAUUUUACAUACAACGAUUUGUAGAUUAAUAAAAAAAGUAUUAUUCUACGAAAAUGGUAAAAUACUUUGCAUCUAGUACAAUUUUUCAAUUCAAUUGGGAUCAAGUUACACAAGGUUUUUGGCGCAGAUAUCCAAAUCCCAAUAGUUCACACGUCGUAAGUGAAGAUAUAAUUUCAAGAGAAAUUAAAGAUGGAAAAUUAUAUUCAAAAAGAUUAUUAACUAAAACUAAUAGAAUUCCAAAAUGGGGUGAACGUUUUAUAAAUAAAAAUUAUGUUAACAUUAUUGAAGAAAGUAUAGUGGAUCCUAAGGACAAAAUUCUUGUUACCUAUACUAGAAAUUUAGGAUUCACCAAAGUAAUGAAUGUCAUUGAAAAAGUAGUAUAUACAAUUUCUGAAGAAAACCCUAAAUGGACUGUAGCUAAAAGAUCAGUAUGGAUCGAUAGCUCAGUUUUUGGUUUUAGUCUUGCUAUUCAAGCCUUUGGGCUCGACAGGUUUAAAAAAAAUGCAACAAAAAUGUCAGAUGGUUUCAAUUAUAUUCUUGCUCAUAUGUUUCCAAAUACUGCUAUGUCAAUGAAUCCAAAUCUAUCUCAAAUGGGUUUUUCAGAUAAGAAUAUUGAACCAUCUAUAACAAGAUUGACUCAUGCUGCUGAAGAUUUGCAGCAUUCCUUACAGGAUAGAGCCGAAAAAGUAAAAGAUGCUGCUAAAAAGGCAACAAACCUUGCAAAACAAAAAACUCAACCGGUAUAUGCAGCUACCCAGCCAUAAAUUUUUCUUACGAUAGUCAUUAUACUAUUUCAAAUUAUUUCAUAGUAAUGUCUGAAACUUUCAAAAAGUAAUUGCAUUUUCAUGAAAUCAGAUAAAAAUAUUGUCUUUGAGAA